GCGGGGAGCGCGGGGCCGGACCACUUCCGGGCGGGGGGGACACGCGCUCGCCCCGGCGGCCGCCCCCGCCGCCUGCGCAGAGUGGUACGGCCCGACCGGGGUUAAAGCUCGCGGGCGGCGCGGCUGCGGCGGCGGCGGAGCGAUGGGGCUGCGCGCGGGAGGAGGGCUGGGCAGGGCCGGGGCCGGGGUCGGCCGGGGGGCGCCUGGGGGACCCGGGCCGAGCAGCGGCGCGCAGGGCGGCAGCAUCCACUCGGGCUGCAUCGCCGCGGUGCACAACGUGCCGCUGAGCGUGCUCAUCCGGCCACUGCCGUCCGUGCUGGACCCGGCCAAGGUGCAGAGCCUCGUGGACACGAUCCGGGAGGAUCCAGACAGCGUCCCCCCUAUUGAUGUCCUCUGGAUCAAAGGGGCCCAGGGUGGUGACUACUUCUACUCCUUUGGGGGCUGCCACCGCUAUGCGGCCUACCAGCAGCUGCAGCGAGAGACCAUCCCUGCCAAGCUUGUCCGGUCCACCCUCUCAGACCUCAGGGUGUACCUGGGUGCUUCAACACCAGACUUACAAUAGCAGCCUCCUUGGUGCCUCCCAACACUCCCAAGAGCCCGGAAGACACAACCUGGCCUCUAGGGCACCAGGCCAUGCAGGAAGCGAUCGGGCUCAGGGGCACGUUCUCUGUGCCUAGGGGGCGGUCUGACUCUGAGCACCUGUUCCACUAGCUGCAAGACCGUGGACUCAUUACUGAACAAUGUGGGAGCCCCAGAUCCCACUGCUGCAGAAACGGGGACGUGUCUUUGCUCUCGAGGUAUUCUUGAGAGAAUGAAAUGGAAAAGGAGAUGGGUUGGGAGAGCGACCUGUUCCUGGCUCCAGAUCCCCAAGCACAAGGUCCUACAUUUUUGUCUGUGUAUCUCCCAUUAUGUGGAAUACGUUCAGCUGCAAGUAAAGGAAAGCCUAGGUUACAGUGGCUUAAACAAAGAGAAGUCUGUCCACACAGCGUGAAUUCUGGAGAGAGGUGGUAUUGCUUCAGCACCCCAGUGAAGAUAGGACUCACAUCUCUGAUUCCAUUUGGCCUUGUUACUUCAUGGUCAAAGAUAGCUGCUGGACCUCCAGAAAUUGUGGCUGUGUUCAAGGAAGAAAGGUGUGGGGGAGGAAGAAGGGCCAAGCCAGCUGUCGACUUCUAUCAUGAAGUCAGACCUUUUUCAGAGGCCUGUUUCCUGUUCUACCCCCUGCAUAUUUCUACUUAGGUCUCCUUGGCCCAAACCAGCUACAGUUGCCACCCCUGGCUGCAAAGAAAGCUAAGAUGGCAGGGAACAGAAUUGUCAUAACCAGUAGACCCUUCAUAUUCCAUCUUGUGGAACCGGCACACCGCUUCCUGAAAUAAAAUCCCAUUAUCAAGAGAGAAAUAAGGAAUUGUGUAUCAGUUAGUCUUUGCCGUGUAACAGACCAUCUCCAAACUUGACAGCUGAAUGCACGUCAUUCAUUUGCCUACAGUUCUGCAGGUUUGCAAUUUGGGCUGGACACAUGGGUAUAGUUCUGCUGGGCUAGCCCAGCAUCACUCCCAAGGCUGCAUGCAGUCAGCUAUUACCUCGAAUAGGGCUGGAUGGUCUAAGAUGGCCCUACUCACUUGUCUGGCAUUUGGCAGGCUGGAGGCUGGGUGACUUUGUCCUCGUUCAUGCUGCAGUCUCGCCAGCAGUUUCGCUCAGGCUUACUGACAUGGCUUCAGAGUAUCAUGAGAGUGAAAGUAGAAGCUGCAAGGCAGAUGGAUCUCUCCCAGGGCUGGGCCUGCUCUACUAGGGGCAUCUGUCAUGGUCUGUACUGGUGGGGUGGGGGUAGGCCAGAUGGGACAUUCCAAAGGGGCUUCUGAAAACAAGAGUCCUGGGUGAAGGAGAGAAGGACAGGAAGGGUGCAAAGUGAAGCAGGUUUUGCUCUCACUGUUCUGCUAAGGGAUCUCGGUCCCUGGAUGUUUUCAAGCCUCAGUUUUCCCAGCUCAGUAACCAAGACAACAGCUUUCCCACCCAUUCUCUGUCCCAGGGAAAGAUGACUGAGGUGACCAAUUUAAAUGUAAAAUGAAUAUAGUCCUAAAUGCAGUGUAAUAUCCUAGAACCAAAAAAAGGACAUUGGUGGAAAAACUGGAGAUCUGAAUAAGGUGUGGAUUUUAAUAAUAUACCAGUCUCAGUCUCUUAGUUUUGACAAAUGUACAUGUAAAACGUAAGGUGAUGGUGGGGUAGGCUGGGUGCAGAAUUUGGGGGAACUCUUUACUCUCUUUGCAGCUUGUAAGUCAAAAAUCAUUCCCAAAUAAAAG